AACUGCAAUGGCAAAAUAUAGCUAUUACCGGUGUUGUUGUACUGUGUACAUUGUUAGCUGUAAUACAUUCUCUUCAAAUUAAUGUGAAUACAUUUUGCCUGAACCAUCGUGUAAAAAUCCCGUGGUGUUCGUCAAGCCGACAAAACCUAAGACAUUUCCGAGGUAAAAGGUUGCCAAUAAUGACUGUGAGCAAGUCAACGUGAGGCAGAGAAAGGGAAGGCCUUGUCUUGAGCGCUUUUCGCUUCUCUUGCUUGCACAGCCAGUGUGAUGUCAGCGGUGGCAGUAUUGGUGUAAUUGACUCGGUAGGGGUGAUGGCGUCAUUUUAUGCCCUGCUGUAGCCUCCUGCCUCAAUAGCGAAGGGGAGACGGAGCUUUAGCCGACGCGACCGUGGCUCCCUUGGCCCGGAUCGAGCACCGCCGAGCCGGACACUUCACCACGGGAAACAUGGAGGCUGCGGCCGAGGAGCUGCUGGCCGGCUCUCGGCUACCUGUCACUAUCGAUCAAAUAGUUAACGAUACGCUAUUGGUGACGCUGACCUACCGAGAAAGGAGCUACACGGGCAUAUUACUUGACUGCAACAAGAAGACCGGGCUCUUCUGUUUGCCAGAUUUUGCAGCAACACCAGUGGACUUCCCUGGAUCUAAAACAACGUGUGAAAUACCAGAGGUUCUGGGUGAGGAGCAAGAUUCCAUAGCUUCCAGCCAGGCAUCACAAAGACCAAAGGAUGAAAAUACUCUGCCUGAAAGCAGUAUAGCUGCUGCGCCUCCACUUUGCCCAGUUCCCACACCAGUGCCAGCUGGGCAGACGCCAUACCCUCCUUAUUUUGAAGGAGCCCCCUUCCCCCAGCCUUUAUGGGUACGCCACAGCUACAACCAAUGGGUACCACAGCCCCCUCCCCGACCCAUAAAGAGGAAGAAGAGACGGACACGAGAGCCUGGCCGCAUGACGAUGAGUACCAUACGUCUGCGGCCUCGGCAGGUACUUUGUGAAAAGUGCAAAAACACCUUGAAUAGUGAUGAGGACAGCAAAGAUGGCUUGAUGGCAAAGAACUCCAGAAAAGAAAAUACACUACACAGUGACAAUGAUGGAGAUGACAAAGACACACCUAAUAAGCUCUCAAAGAAAAAUGAUGUAGUCGCAGCCAAGGACAAUAAGAGACGGGAAAAUGGCACCAGCAUUGACAGCAAACGUCUCAGGAAGGACAAAAGGAGUGAACCUGAAGGGGAGAAAUUCCCCGGAGGCGACGUUAUUCCCCACAGUCCAGUCAUAAAGAUUUCGUACAGCACUCCACAGGGCAAGGGAGAGGUCAUGAAGAUCCCUUCGAGAGUCCACGGUUCAGUAAAACCAUUCUGUCCCAAGCAGCUAGCGCAUAAUGGCUUGGGAGAGAACGGCAAGCUGCCCUCCACUCCUACUAAGGAGCAAAGACACAUUUUAGACGCUCGACGGUCUGGUCUCACUGUAUCCAUUCCCAAACUCAAACUGACAAGGCCGUUCACAACCGUGUGUCAGGAUUUACCAUCUCCAAAUAUCCGCCUGAGACACCCACAGAGGGAACGUGACGAGGGCAUGGUCGAGUAUGAAGCUGAACUUGUGGGAGAUGCCAGAAGACGAAGUCCACGGGCGCCAGGACCCUGCCUCACCCACUCUGAGGACUCGGGGGAAGGCAAGAACUCUCUAGAGUUGUGGUCAGGGAGUUCUGGAGAGGAAGCGGAGCGUGGCCACAAUGACCUAACACUUCUCAUCAAUUUCCGUAAACGAAAAGCAGAUUCGUCCAGCCUGUCAGUUUGCAGCAGCGACAGCCUAGACGAGUCCAAGUCCUUCAGCUCUGAUGGUACGUCACCAGAGCUCUGUGAUUUAGCACCUGGCGAAGACCUCUCUGUAACCUCAUCUUCAUUACCUUCACGGGACGAUUGCAAGACAGUGCCCCCGCUCACUGUGCGUCUACACACUCGCAGCAUGACAAAAUGUGUGACCGAAGAAGGUCACGCUGUGGCGGUGGGAGACAUUGUGUGGGGAAAAAUCCAUGGCUUCCCCUGGUGGCCGGCACGUGUCCUCAGCAUCAGCGGCACCCGAAAAGAGGAGACUGCCACAUGCGAGGCCCAGUGGCCCCAGGCAAAAGUGGCAUGGUUUGGUUCCCCUACCACAUCUCAGCUCUCUGUUGCCAAACUUUCACCGUUCAGAGAGCUCUUCAGGUCCCGUUUCAACCGCAAAAAGAAAGGGAUGUACCGGAGAGCCAUCUUGGAGGCAGCCAAGGCUGUUGGACACAUGAGCCCAGAGAUUACGUCACUACUUUCUCACUGCGACACAUAGGAAGCUGGCCGCUGAAGGGAGAUCUCGUGAAUUCUCAGACCCUGUCAUCAAGACCCAGGAGGGAGUAUGUGCGGUUGCCUCGGCGACUAUUUAUAUGCUGUUGCCCCCACUCCCCUUCUUUCGUUUCUUUUUCACAAGGCUGUUGUAAAAUGGCAGCCAAGGUGGAGGAUAGUUUAGGAUGUGGGAGCAAACGUAAAGGGCCAUUCGCCGCAUGGUCUGCUGGGACUAUUCCUGUUUUGUUUCUGGGGUGGGGGGAUUUUGUACCUCCAAUCAUAUUUCGAUAGAACGCAACAGCGAGCGACAUAACAAGAACCAGAAUGUAUUUAUUGCUAUAUUUUCACAAUCCGUCUAUCUAUCUGGAAAAACAUCCCAGUGUGCUGCUGGCAUGACUCACUGCGAGCGCCGCUACCCACCGUUUCUACAAGGACAUUUAACGGAAGGGUUCAAAAAGUCUUACGCUUUUUUUUUUUUUUUUUUUUUUUAAUAAUCUCACAUCUCCAAAAUGUGAACAGCUCCAUCCAGUGACAGUAGUAACUGUUCCUACUCUUGAGUGACCAGUGUUCCAUCCGACAUUACUUGGAUUAGUGCAUGUUUAUACUGAUCGUCAUCCAUUGUACGUCACCCUUACAUUUCAUUUUCAACUUUAGAUGUGUCAACCCCCUCCUUUUUUGUGACAAUGUUUUCCAUCACUUGUAAUUAUUUAAAGCAUUAAGAAAAAAAAGCACUUUAUCUGUACCUUGGUGGCCUGCUGUAAGCUCACUCUCUGAAACACUAUUGUGAGAAACAGCCCUGAUAGGCAGCAGGGGCGUUAUAAAAAUAUUUGUGGUUGACUAUCCAUGGCCUUGGAGAUAGGAAAAAAAAAAUCUUUUAAGUUUAGUCUUGUCUACAUUUUUCCCCCCUGUUUUGGAUGGUUGUGUACACUGUAUUGUCCGCUCAUCGACCACACACUACAAAAAUCCCACGUGACAUUUCCACUGGACAGACAUGGGUCAAAUAUGUGUCGACACUCCCUAUGCAGUAUCACUUAAAGCUUUAUGAUUGACGUUCGGAAGAAUAACAUGCUGUAAGAAUACUGUGAAUUCAACUUCUCGUAGUGUUGAAAGCAGCACUGUUUGAAUAAGGGAGGGGCCAGAGUAAAGCAGAAACGGCUGCUGUUAAGCACAGUCAAAAAAAAAAAAAACUGCACACAGGCCUUCUAAUAUCCGC